ACUACCUUAUCCGCUGCAAAACAAACUCUGAGCAAAACAGGGGGACACACGAAAAACAAAAAAAAAUCUACGUUUUGCGUGCCGAAUAACGUUGUAAUUAGUUGCAUUCAUUGUGAUUCAGACGCGGGAGCGCAACGUGCAACAUGUGAAAGUUAGCAAAACUGUGAAGCUGCGGUAUAUUGCGUCAAGUGGCACAGACAGAAUUCAACUCUAUCGCUGCUUCCCCGGCCCCCCAUCAUAAAAAUCCCGGGGCAAGCAAAUUAUAACCUCAAAGUCGCACGAAACUGGACGCGGGGUGCAACCUGCAUUGCACAUCCCAAAGACAAUCGUAAAUCCUACAAAUCCCCGCCUCCCCCGCUCAAUCAUCAUGUCGACCUCAUCGAUAGUGCAACAGUUUGUCAAUGGACUCAAGUCCCGCAAUCGCAAUGUGCAGAACAAAGCGGCGCAGGAUCUUUUCCUGUAUGUUAAAACGGAGUUGCGUGAAAUGUCGCAAGAGGAACUCGUGCAGUUCUUCGAGGACUUUGAUCAUCACAUUUUCAACAUGGUGAAUGCCACAGACAUCAACGAGAAGAAAGGUGGUGCCCUGGCCAUGAAGUGCUUAAUUAGUGGCGAUGGUCCCAUCACACGCAAGGGCAUUUCACCUUAUCUGAAUCGAUUGCGUGAUCUGCUGCUGAUCAACGAUGUGUCGGUCAUGGAGAUUGCGGCACGUUCGCUGGUCAAGCUGGCCAAUAUGCCCGGCUCCAAGGGCGCCGAGUCCUUUGACUUUGACAUUAAGAAGGCCUUCGAGAUGCUCAGCGGCGAUCGACAAGAGUAUCGCCGUCAUGCUGCCGUCUUUAUAUUGCGUGAGCUGGCCAUAGCGCUGCCCACGUACUUCUAUCAGCAAAUUUUGACCUUCUUUGAGCAUAUCUUCAACGCCAUCUUCGAUCCAAAGCCAGCGAUACGUGAAUCCGCUGGCGAAGCGCUGCGUGCCGCUUUAAUUGUGACCGCACAGCGUGAAAACACCAAGCAAUCAAGUGAACCACAAUGGUAUAAAAUCUGCUACGACGAGGCGAGCAGCAGCUUCAACACGGAUGUGGCAACGGGCAAGGAACAAAAGGGCAUGACACGCGAUGAUCGCAUACAUGGCGGACUUAUUGUGUUCAAUGAGCUGUUUCGUUGCGCCAAUGCGGAUUGGGAGCGUCGUUACAAUCAGCUGAAGCAACUCUUUCCUAAGCCACAGCACAACAAGUUUCUAGAGUCCAGUGGCAGUUCCAACUCGAUGGGAAGUCAGCUAAACACAAUUGUGCCGCGUUUAAAAGUGCCUUUUGUGGACAAACUGGGCAGCACACAAAUGCACAUGGAGCACGGCGAGCAGAACAAUGGCAUGAACAGCAAUAAGCUAAAUAGCCAAACGGUGCUGGAAUCAGCGUAUGCUCGUGAAAUCCUUAAGGAGCACUUCAUCACCAUCUGCGAUAAUGUGCUGGAGCAACGCAACUCCAAAUCGCCGUAUGUGCAGCAAGCACUGCUGCAAAUUCUGCCACGUUUGGCUGCCUUUAAUCGCGAGGUGUUUGUCGAGCAAUAUCUAAAGACUUGUGUCGCCCAUUUGAUGUCCAUAUUGCGUGGCAAGGAGAAGGAUCGCAAUGUGGCCUACAUCACCAUUGGCUACAUUGCUGUUGCUGUGCAGAGCGACAUUGAACGGCAUCUAAAAACGAUAAUGAGCAGCGUCAAGCAAGCCUUGCCUGCCAAAGAUUUGGCAAUUAAACGAAAGCCACCCGUGGAUGCUGCAAUCUUUGCUUGCAUCACCCUUCUGGCGCAUGCCGUAAAGUCUCAGAUUAAGGACGAUGUGCGCGACAUACUCGAGCAAAUGUUUCACACGGGAUUGUCGCCUGCUUUGACUGUGUGUCUGCGCGAGAUGGCCGAGAAUGUGCCGGAGGAGAAGCAAGCGAUCACAGAGGGACUGAUUAAAGUGCUGUACCAGGUGCUGAUGAACAAACCAUCGGGUAUCCCAUAUCCGGGCAUGACACCCUUCAGCAGCCUGGAUGCCUCGCAGACGCUGCAGCCAGCGGAUAGCAAUACCAUUGUGCUGGCCCUCAAGACGCUGGGCACGUUCAACUUUGAGGAACAAAAUAUGCUGGACUUUGUGCAACGCUGCGCCGAUGUCUUCAUUGUGCACGAGCAGCAGGAGAUUCGCCUGGAAGCAGUGCAGACCUGUACACGUCUUCUUAAGCUCGCCGUGCAGUCGGCGGAGAGCAUGGAGAAUUCGCGCACUUUAAGCGACACCGUUUCGCAUGUAAUCGAACGUCUGCUGACUGUCGCCAUCACCGACAUGGAUUGCAGUGUCCGCAUACGCAUUUUGCGUUCGCUGGACGAGACUUUUGAUGCCAAGUUGGCACAGCCGGAGUCGUUGAAUGCACUCUUUAUAACGCUGCACGACGAGAUCUUUGAGAUACGCGAACUGGCAAUGGUCACUAUUGGACGAUUGUCCUCCAUGAAUCCCGCCUAUGUGAUGCCCAAGCUGCGCACCACAAUGAUAGAGCUGCUAACGGACCUCAAGUACUCGGGCAUGAGUCGCAACAAGGAGCAGAGCGCUCGCAUGUUGGAUCAUCUGGUCAUUAGCACGCCGCGUCUCAUCUCCUCGUACAUGAAUCCCAUACUGAAAGCCCUCGUGCCCAAGCUGCACGAGCCUGAAUCGAAUCCGGGCGUUGUGUUAAAUGUGCUGCGCACCAUUGGCGAUCUAGCCGAAGUCAAUGGCGGCUCCAAUGAGAUGGAAUUGUGGGCCGACGACUUGCUGUCCAUACUGCUUGAAAUGCUGGGCGAUGCGGGCAGUCCGGAUAAGCGUGGCGUGGCGCUGUGGACGUUGGGACAAUUGAUCAGUGCCACAGGACGUGUGGUCAGUCCAUAUCACAAGUAUCCGGUGUUGAUUGACAUCUUAAUCAACUUCCUAAAAACGGAGCAACGUCGUUCGAUUCGACGCGAAACAAUACGCGUGCUGGGACUUCUAGGAGCCAUGGAUCCUUACAAGCACAAGAUGAACAAGGGUUUGAUUGACAGUCAGAAGGAUAAUGUAUUGAUUGCCUACUCUGAUGGCAAAUCGGACGAGAGUCAGGAUAUUUCUACUGCUGAAUUGCUGGUGAAUAUGGGCAAUGCACUCGAUGAAUAUUACCCCGCAGUGGCCAUUGCUGCCUUGAUGCGCAUUCUGCGAGAUCCAACGCUAAGUAGACGUCACACUAGCGUUGUGCAGGCCGUUACCUUCAUCUUCCACACGCUGGGCAUAAAGUGUGUGCCAUAUUUGGCGCAAGUGUUGCCCAAUCUGCUGGACAAUGUUCGCACCGCGGACAACAAUUUGCGAGAGUUUCUCUUUCAACAAUUGGCCAUUCUGGUGGCCUUUGUGAAGCUGCACAUCAUCAGCUAUAUGGAUGACAUAUUCAAGCUGAUCAAAGAGUUCUGGACCAUUAAUACGCCGCUGCAUUCGACGCUCAUCAAUUUGAUUGAACAGAUUGCCGUUGCCUUGGGCUGCGAGUUCAGGGAUUAUCUCGCCCAACUCAUACCGCAAAUUUUGCGUGUGCUGCAACAUGACAACUCCAAGGAUCGUAUGGUAACGCGACGUUUGCUGCAGGCACUGCAGAAAUUCGGCAGCACCUUGGGCUACUAUUUGCCACUGAUUGUGCCGCCCAUUGUCAAGUUGUUUGACUCGCCUUAUGUGCCGCAGCAAGUUUCGCUGGUGGCCCUCGAAACAAUCAACAAUCUGGCUUGUCAGCUGGACUUCACGGACUUCUCUUCCCGAAUUAUACAUCCUUUGGUGCGUGUGCUGGAAGCGGAGCCAGAGCUGCGGGAUCAGGCAAUGACAACGUUGCGCUCACUGGUCAACCAGCUGGGCAAAAAGUAUCUGGUGUUUGUGCCCAUGGUGCAGCGCACCAUACUCAAGCAUCGCAUUGUGGAUCCCGAAUAUGAGACUCUGCUCACACGCAUACAAUCCAACAGCACGCUGCCCGAUGCCUGUGGCAUUGGCUUUGGCAUUGGCGUCGACUUUAAUCAACGCCAGUUGAACGAACCUUUUGUCAUCGACAGCAACAAUAGCAAUAACCUUAAGGUGUCGACGACAGCACUGAGAACAGCUUGGCAAGUCACUCGACUGGUUUCAAAAGACGAUUGGGUUGAGUGGCUGAAGCGUUUGUCCAUCGGUCUACUCAAGGAGUCGCCAUCACAUGCGUUGCGCGCCUGCUGUGUGCUGGCCCAGGAUUAUGAUACGCUGUUGCGUGAUCUCUUCAAUGCCGCCUUCAUUUCCUGUUGGACCGAGUUGUCGCCUGAGCACAAGCAUGAGUUAACGCACUCCCUGAUACAGGCGCUGCAGAUCACCGACAUGCCUGAGAUUACACAAACCAUUCUCAAUCUCGCCGAGUUCAUGGAACACUGUGAUCGGGAUCCCAUACCCAUUGAGACGCAGCUGCUUGGCACGCGUGCGAUGGCUUGUCGUGCCUAUGCCAAGGCGUUGCGCUACAAGGAGGAGGAGUUUGUGCUGCGCCAGGAUGCGCACGUCUUUGAAUCCUUGAUUCUCAUCAACAACAAGCUGCAGCAACGCGAGGCAGCUGAAGGUCUGCUGACCACCUAUCGCAACACCGCCAACGAGCUGAAUGUUCAGGGACGUUGGUACGAGAAGCUGCACAACUGGGAUCAAGCGUUGCGCCACUAUCAAUACAGUCUCAACCUAGACAAAGCAGAUCUCGAUGCACGUCUCGGUCACAUGCGCUGUCUUGAGGCACUCGGCGAUUGGUCCGAGCUAAGCACCGAGUGCAAACAAGAGUGGCCCAAUUUCACCAAAGAGGCGAAGGCGCGUGCAAGUCCUUUGGCUGCGGUAGCUGCCUGGGGUCUGAAGGAUUGGGAGGGCAUGCAGGAGUAUGUGCUGUGCAUUCCCAAGGACACACAGGAUGGCAGCUACUAUCGUGCUGUACUCGCCGUACACAACGAUGACUACGAGACGGCGCAACGUUUGAUCGACGAGACGCGUGAUUUACUCGACACCGAGUUGACUUCGAUGGCUGGCGAAUCGUAUGAACGUGCCUAUGGUGCCAUGGUCUGUGUGCAGAUGCUGGCCGAACUGGAGGAGGUGAUACAAUAUAAACUCAUCCCAGAGCGAAGAGAACCCCUCAAGGCCAUGUGGUGGAAGCGUCUGCAAGGCGGUCAACGGCUCGUGGAGGAUUGGCGUCGCAUUAUCCAGGUGCAUUCGUUGGUGGUGAAACCCCACGAGGAUAUACACACAUGGCUCAAGUAUGCGAGCUUGUGCCGCAAGAGCGGUUCACUCUACCUCUCACACAAAACGCUCGUCAUGCUGCUGGGCACUGAUCCGCAGGUAGCGCCCAAUGAACCGCUGCCCAGCAAUCAACCGCAAGUAACUUAUGCAUAUACCAAAUAUUUGGCUGCCUCAUCGCAACUGCAGCUCGCCUACGAUCAGCUGCGACACUUUAUAGACACAUAUACCACACAACUAAGUUGCCUCCCCCCGGAGGCACUUAAACAGCAGGAUCAGCGUUUGAUGGCUCGCUGCUAUCUGCGUCUUGCGACCUGGCAGAAUAAGUUGAACGAACACAAACGCGAUCCGGAUGCUGUGCAGCGCGCCUUGGAAUCGUUUGAGAAGGCCACCAGCUAUGAUCCCAACUGGUACAAGGCGUGGCAUCUGUGGGCGUACAUGAACUUUAAGCAGAUGCAACAGCCGCCCAUCUCAACGGCAGCAGCAGCAACUCAACUUGGCGGCAUCAACAGCAACAAGGACAACAGCAGCGACAAUGUGAUCAUACAGCAAUAUGCUGUGCCCGCGGUGCAAGGUUUCUUCCGCUCCAUCAGUCUUAUCCAUGGCAAUUCGCUGCAGGAUACGUUGCGUCUGUUGACUCUGUGGUUUGACUAUGGCUAUCAUGCGGAGGUCUACGAUGCACUCUUGUCCGGCAUGAAGCUGAUUGAGAUUAACACCUGGUUGCAGGUGAUACCACAGUUGAUAGCUCGCAUCGAUACGCAUCGCAAGCUGGUCGGACAGUUAAUACAUCAGCUACUCAUGGAUAUUGGCAAGAACCAUCCGCAGGCGCUCGUCUAUCCGCUGACUGUGGCCUCCAAGUCGGCGUCGCUGGCGCGCAAAAAUGCUGCCUUCAAAAUCUUGGAUUCAAUGCGCAAACAUUCGCCCACGCUCGUGGAACAGGCAGUCAUGUGCAGUGAGGAGCUGAUACGAGUGGCCAUCUUGUGGCACGAACAGUGGCAUGAGGGAUUGGAGGAGGCAUCCCGUCUGUACUUUGGCGAUCGCAAUGUAAAGGGCAUGUUUGAGAUACUCGAACCGUUGCACGCCAUGCUGGAUCGAGGACCCCAAACUUUGAAGGAGACGAGCUUCUCACAAGCUUAUGGCCGGGAGCUGACCGAAGCACACGAGUGGACACAACGAUAUAAAACGUCUGCGGUGCUCAUGGAUUUGGAUCGAGCCUGGGACAUUUACUAUCAUGUGUUCCAAAAGAUUUCGCGUCAACUGCCGCAACUGACGUCGCUGGAGUUGCCGUAUGUGUCGCCCAAGCUGAUGACCUGCAAGGAUCUGGAGUUGGCAGUGCCCGGUUCCUAUAAUCCCGGCCAGGAGCUGAUACGCAUCAGUCACAUCAAGAACAAUCUGCAGGUGAUCACAUCAAAGCAGCGACCCCGAAAACUUUGCAUACGCGGCAGCAAUGGCAAGGACUACAUGUAUCUUCUGAAGGGACACGAAGAUUUGCGACAGGACGAGCGUGUGAUGCAGCUCUUCUCGUUGGUCAACACGCUGCUGCUCGACGAUCCAGACACGUUCCGUCGCAAUUUGGCCAUACAGCGUUAUGCUGUUAUUCCUCUGAGCACGAAUUCGGGUUUGAUUGGCUGGGUGCCGCACUGUGAUACGCUGCACACGUUGAUCCGUGACUAUAGGGACAAAAAGAAGGUGCCGCUGAAUCAGGAACAUCGCACCAUGCUCAACUAUGCGCCCGACUACGAUCAUCUGACGCUCAUGCAGAAGGUGGAGGUCUUUGAGUACGCCUUGGGUCAAACGCAAGGCGACGAUUUGGCCAAGUUGUUGUGGCUAAAAUCCCCGUCGUCGGAACUGUGGUUCGAGCGACGCAACAAUUACACACGCUCCCUUGCUGUCAUGUCCAUGGUGGGUUAUAUACUCGGUCUGGGUGAUCGACAUCCUUCGAAUCUGAUGUUGGAUCGCAUGAGUGGCAAAAUCUUGCAUAUUGAUUUCGGCGAUUGCUUCGAGGUGGCGAUGACGCGUGAAAAGUUCCCCGAGAAAAUUCCAUUCCGCCUGACGCGCAUGCUCAUCAAGGCCAUGGAAGUGACCGGCAUCGAGGGCACCUAUCGGCGCACCUGCGAGAGCGUUAUGCUUGUGCUACGACGGAACAAGGAUUCGCUGAUGGCGGUGCUCGAAGCCUUUGUCUAUGAUCCUCUGCUUAAUUGGCGUCUGCUUGAUGUGGACAAGAAGGGCAACGAUGCGACAGCGGCCACAACUGCAGCGGGCGCUAAUGGUGCUAGUCUCAGCAAUUCCGUGGAACAAGAACCGCUGCUCCAGGGCAAUCCGAUGGCCAAGUCCAAGACGUAUGAGGCGCAUGCUGGCUACAACACGAAUGUCGCAGAUGUUACGAGCAGCAAGGCGAGCUUGGUUAUCCAGCGUGUGGAUCGCAAAUUGACGGGCACCGAUUUCCAGACCAAGGAUGGAGUAACCGAACAGCAGCAAGUGGAACUGCUCAUCCAGCAGGCGACGAACAAUGAGAACCUCUGCCAGUGCUACAUCGGUUGGUGUCCGUUCUGGUAAAAAGCCUUUCUCAGCAACAUCAACAAAUAGAAACAAAACUAAACCCAGACUGAACUAUACAAGAAACCACAAUAGAGAUGAACCGGAAGAAGUGGACGAUGAGGAAAGAGGCAGCGGUUAAAGCUGCAACUACUAAAUGCAGUUACAAUUACAACUAUAAAUAAAUAAUAUAAAGUAAAGUAAAUGUAUAAUUUAUAUAUUAUAUUAGAAAUACGCUUUAUUAAAACUUACUGUAAAUUCCAAUCAAC